CACAACCGGACAACCCCGGACGCAACAUGCGUAAGCUGGGCAAGAAGAAGGUGGUCGGGGAGCUGAGCCGCUCGAGUCGCGCAAAAACGGUACCGCCCCGGAAAGCGACAACGAGGAAAAGGACCUCGCCGGCUCCAAUGGGGAUACCGGCUCCUCGGUCUCCCACUCCUCAGCUGCCUCCACCUCGAGGAAGCCGCCAAACAAGCGCAUGGCCCGUCCGUCGACCACUGUGCGCUCAGAGCAACAAGGUGUCCACCUCCACCUCCUCGGCCGCCGCUGGUGGAUCGUCGGCGCCCAAGAAGCGCAAGCUGGGCAAGCCCAAGGCCAACCCCGGUCCUGCCGUCAAAAAUGGCAAGAAGCCCGCUGCAGAGGAUCUGGAGGACGAUGCCGACCCGGUCAAAAGCGACGCCGAGCCGGAAGCCGAAGUGGAAUACGAAGUGGAGGCCAUCGUGGGCCAAAAGACGGUUAAGGGCGCCACCUACUUUCAGGUGCGCUGGAAGGGCUACACCAAGGCCGAGGUCACAUGGAUGCUGGAGGCAGAUCUUAGCUGCGACUACUUGCUCGAACAACUUCGGGCUAAGGAUGCCAAGCCCAAGACCAGCAAGUCCCCGAAGGCCAGCAAGAAAGUAGGAGCCGCCGGACGUGGUCACACGCCCGAUGCCACAAAGGGCUUGAUCGAGAAGUACAAGCGCGACCUGGUCACGCAGAAGAACGUGGAUACCAAGGAGCUGCGCGAAUCGCCCAAGAAGACCAAUCGCCUCGUCAACGAAUGUUACCCGAGGACAAAUAUUCACAAUCGAAUUGAGCGCUCCUCGAAACGGGCUGCCGCCAAGAACCGUGAAUUUUACGGCGAGGACUGAGGAAGGGCAGCGGCCCCGCCCCCUUCCAGUGGUCGUCGGCGGAGGCGCCACUAAAAUCCUUUUUUAGUCGAGCCUCCGCCGACGAUUGUGAAUAUUUGUCCUCGGGUAACAUUCGUUGACGAGGCGCUUGGCCUUCUUGGGCGAUUCGCGCAGUCCUUGGCACCGAAGCCCUUCCACCUGAUGCGGUACAGGCCACCCUCUGCGUUGUCCACAAAGUCAACAAUGCGCUGGACAACCCAUCCCGAGGUUUUGUGCAUCGAUCCUCUGGCCAAACGGUUGACCCAGAC